AUGUCCCUCGAUCAAUUCGUCGACAGGCUUCGCAAUGGCGAGCCUGCCAAAUUCCCCUCAACAGCCAACACCCUCGCCUGGGCACAGAGCCUGGACGAGCAGGACAAGCUCAGCCAUCUGCGGGACGAGUUCAUCAUCCCCACCAAAGCUUCACUGAAGAAGAAGGCCCUCGAUGGCCGGAUACCUGGCCAACCAGCCCAGAAUGGCAUCACCAACGGCGCCUCACAUGAGGGAGACGAGCAGGGCAUCUAUUUUGUCGGCAACUCACUAGGUGCCCAGCCCAAAGCGGUCAGACAAUACGUCGACGCUCAGCUCGAGACAUGGGCGUCCAUCGGUGUCGCGGGCCACUUUCAGGACAUGGAACAGUCCCCCCUUCCGAAAUGGCAGGAUCUUGCCGAGGAUUGUGCGAAAAAGUCGGCUGACAUUGUCGGCUCGUCGCCCGCGGAAAUUGUCAUUAUGAACACACUAACCGCGAACCUGCACAUGAUGAUGGCGAGCUUCUACAAGCCCACGGAAAAGAGGCACAAGAUCAUCCUAGAGUGGCGGCCCUUUCCCAGCGACUACUACGCCAUCGAGAGUCAGAUCACAUGGCACGGCCUGGAUCCCGAGAAGAGCAUGGUCAAGAUUGAGCCGGACGACAGCUACCUGAUCCCCACCGAGAGGGUCCUGUCCGUCAUCGACGAGCACGCCGAGGAGACCGCCCUUCUCUUGUUGCCUGGCAUUCAGUACUUCUCUGGCCAGUUCUUCGACAUGCCCCGCAUCACAGCCCACGCCAAAGCCAAGGGCAUCACUGUCGGCUGGGAUCUGGCCCACGCUGCGGGGAACGUCGAGCUCAAACUUCACGACUGGGACGUUGACUUUGCGUGCUGGUGCACGUACAAGUACAUCAAUGCGGGACCCGGCAGCAUCGCAGGCGCCUUUGUGCACGAGCGUCAUGGCAAGGUGGAGUGGCCACAGGGCGAGUCUGGCAAACCCUCGUACCGCCCGCGCCUGACAGGAUGGUACGGUGGCGACAAGAGCGUCCGCUUCAAGAUGGACAAUAACUACGUGCCCAUUGUGGGCGCGGGCGGCUUCCAGGUGUCGAACCCCUCUGCCAUUGACCUGGCGUCCUUGUCAGGCGCCCUGAGUGUCUUCAACAAGACCUGCAUGCGGGACCUGCGCAGCAAGGCUCUUGUCCUGACGGCCUAUGCUGAGUAUCUGCUGGACCAGAUGACGGCCGAGUUUGGAGGCAGCACGCCGGCGUUCCGUGUCCUGACCCCCCGCGACCCUCUGCAACGUGGUACCCAGCUCAGUGUGAUGCUGGCAAGCGAGCAGCUGCACGACGCCGUCAGUGCUGCGUUGGAGGCCAACGGCGUCAUGUGCGACAAGAGGAAACCCAAUGUCAUCCGCGUGGCGCCCGUGCCGCUCUACUCGAGGUUUGAGGAUGUGUGGCGCUUUAUGGAGAUUCUGAAGGGGGCGCUGGCUAAGCUGAAUGCUUGA